GCCGGGGACCCCAAGUUGCCAUGGGGACGGGGCCCGGGGUUGCUAUGGGGAUGGGGCCCAGAGACCCCCGGCACCCCCAGGGCCGGUAGCCACCGCCGUGAGCGAUCCGGCGGGGCCGGGGCGCUGCCGGCCGCCCGGGGGGCUAGUGGAGGUAGCCGGUGCCGGGCCCCCGCCCGGGCACGGCGGAGUGUGCGCAUGGUCCAUCUGCAGACUGCUGCUGGAGGAAGCUGUCCCUCUCUCUCGCCCUUUCUGUCUUCUGCCGCCUUCUUUGUUUUGCACAGUGAUGCGUGUGUGCUGGCUUGUGGGGAAAGAGAAAUGCAGUCAGCGAAUGAAACUGCCACACUUGGAAGCAGUUGUAAUUGGGCGUGGCCCAGAGACUGGGAUAACUGAUAAGAAGUGUUCACGGCAGCAAGUUCAAUUAAAAGCAGACUGUAACAAGGGGUAUGUCACAGUUAAGCAGAUAGGAGUCAACCCAACUAGUGUUGAUCUUGUGAAUAUUGGCAAGGAUGAAGAGGUGAAAAUGAAGCCAGGUCAAGUUCUGCAUAUUGUGAAUAAACUUUACCCCUACACGGUGCAAUUUUCCGAAGAGUCAGGGAAAACUGUUACAAAAGCAGAAGAGAAGAUACAAACGGACGAGACACCAAGUGAGGAUUCCUGUGAGAAUGAUGACGUAGAGCUUGUGCCCAGAAAAACAAUGAAGAUGGAGGUGGUGGAUACACAAGGCAGUUCUGCAAAUCAGAGGCUAAGCAAGACCAGCGUAUCUCCACAUGAAGGAACUUUGAGCAAAAAGGAGCAUUUGGGACACUGGAGUCAGGGUCUAAAGAGCUCCAUGCAAGAUCCAGAAAUGCAGGUUUACAAAGAUGACAAGACUGUAGUCAUCAAGGAUAAAUAUCCCAAAGCUCGUUACCACUGGCUUAUCUUACCAUGGGACCCCAUUUCAAGCCUGAAGUCAGUCACCAGGGACCAUCUUGAACUUCUGGAACAUAUGCAUGGCGUUGGGCAAAAAAUGAUUGAACAGUGCCCUUCCAGAGAGAGCCUGAAGUUCAGACUGGGUUAUCAUGCUAUCCCCAGUAUGAGCCAGCUACAUUUGCAUGUAAUCAGCCAGGAUUUUGACUCUCCAGCCCUGAAAACAAAAAAGCACUGGAACUCUUUUACUACAGACUACUUCUUAAACUCUGAAGAUGUGAUAGAGAUGGUAAGAAGCAAGGGAAAAGUGACGGUGAAAGAUCGUGUCUCUGAACUUCUCAAACUGCCCCUCAAAUGCCAUUGUUGCAAACAACAGCUGUCCACUAUCCCACAGUUAAAGGAACAUCUCAGGAAACAUUGGCCAAAAUGACUUUUCAAAAAAAUCAUCUUACAAACUGGCUCAGAUUUCAGGCUACAGCAAAGACCUCGACAUGUAUGGUUUUUGUUAACUGGAACGACAAAGGUAACAUUGGAAAAAGUAGCCUGGAAACAGCAGCAUGCUAACUUUGUAAUAACUGAAGAAAAAAUCCCCCCAACAAAAAAUAAAGUGAAUUCUGAAAUUGAA